CUCGGCCGCUCAGAGAAAAUCAGACCGGAGAAGGCGGAGAGAAGCCGAGGAGGGACGCAGCGGAGGGACGCCACGGCACCGCAGGCAACACCGGCCAGAGCCACAGCUGCGCGUCAGUCUUUGCACCGGACAUUAAACCACGAGAGCACAGGGCAGCUCCGGGGACCCCCCGGUUUCUGUACGGGAGAAAGUGUCUGGAAGGGGAGGCGCAGUUCCUCUCAAACUACCUUCAGGAUUACAGAGCGCCGCCGCCGCCGCCGCCACUGGAGCUUUCACCCAGAAGUUCAGCCAAAGAAAUCACUAUGUGGAUUCCAUGAACUGAGUUAGAAGUGAUUUGUCCUGGGAAGUCUCCACCGUUCCUUCUUCAUCUGGUUUAAUCUCCAUCAUUUGGAAAGCUUCAACCCAAACAACCGUCACUGAACGUUCUUCCCCAGCCUGUCGUCACCAUGACGUCGGAGCUGGAAAGCAGCCUGACCUCCAUGGAUUGGCUCCCGCAGCUAACCAUGCAGGCGGCCAUCCGGAAAACUGAUCCCCAGAAUACCCACGGGCCGGGUAUGGUCAAGAAGAGUAGCAUUCUGGAUCCUAACACCACAUUAGACCAAGAGGAGGUGCAGCAGCAUAAAGAUGGCAAACCACCCUACAGCUACGCCAGCCUCAUCACAUUUGCUAUCAACAGCUCGCCAAAGAAGAAGAUGACUCUGAGUGAGAUCUACCAGUGGAUCUGUGAUAAUUUUCCCUAUUAUAGAGAGGCAGGCAGCGGAUGGAAGAACUCGAUACGGCACAAUCUCUCAUUGAACAAGUGUUUUCUCAAAGUGCCUCGCUCCAAAGAUGACCCGGGAAAGGGUUCUUACUGGGCCAUCGACACCAACCCAAAGGAGGACUCUUUGCCAACACGGCCAAAGAAGAGACCACGAUCUGGAGAGCGAGCUUCGACGCCGUACAGCCUGGAGUCAGAGUCUUUAGGGAUGGAGUGUAUGAUCUCUGGAAGUGCCUCUCCAACGUUGGCAAUCAACACUGUGACUAACAAGGUGGCAUUGUACAACACAGACCAGGAAGGAAGUGAUAGUCCAAGAAGCAGCCUUAACAACAGCCUGUCUGAUCAGAGUCUGGCGUCCGUCAAUCUCAACAGCGUGGGCAGUGUGCACAGUUACACAGCGGUAAACAGUCAUCCUGAACCUGUGUCCCAGCCCAUGAGCCUCCAGCAGCCCCCUCCAUCUCAGUACAACAUGCCAGAACGGGACAAGCAGCUGCUGUUCUCUGAAUUUGAAGAUCUCAGUGCCUCCUUCCGCAGCCUUUACAAGUCCGUCUUUGAACAGUCCUUCAGCCAGCAAGGUCUGAUGGGAAUCCCGUCUGAUUCCACCCAGCAGACCCACAACUCCUGCUCCUAUCAACACUCCCCCAGUGGCACCAUUAACACUCAGAACAGCCUGUCCAACAACCAAACUAACAAUCACCCCAACAACCACUCCAACAACAGUGGCCAGGUGCCCCUUUCUCACCCUACCCAAGCCCAUCCGGGCCACGGCUCGCCACACACGCAGCACCUCCCGCAGCACGGCGGAGCGCACAAUCCACACAACCCACACAAUCAGCACAACCAACACACUCAGCACAACCAGCACCCUCAGCACAGUCAGCACCCGCAGCACACCGCACACUCGCAGCACGGCCAGCACCCGUCCCACGGCCCUCACCCUCAGCAACACCCGGCGCACCCCUCUCAGCACACAGCGCACAGCCAGCACCCGUCACAGCACGGACAGCAGCAUCAGAGCCUCUCCCACCAGCCACAUCCCACCCAGCAACAACUGGCCUGCAAUCCAGGUUUACUGUCGGACUGGUACCCGAAUCUGGACGCACUGAAAGAAAGCUGUCGUAUCGCAAGCAGCUAUAACUGGGCAGAUGUCGACCUUUCACCUUUCCAGGGUUUAAGAGAAAGUAUGAGACAAGCGGAGUUGAACAACUGGUCCCUGGAGCCCACCCAAAUUGCAGACCUCUGCUCAUCUAUCAACCAGUUCUUUGCUCGCACCGGUGUCAUCCAGCCGCAAGCGCCAGUGCAGUCUCCCAUCUGCCACAGCUCCAUGCACCCCAACAAACCCAGCCAGCACCUCGCCACAGGAAAUCUCUACAUGGACUCCAGACAGAGCAUGUCCAUGAUGGGUCCUCCAGGAUAUCCUCACAUGCCCCCGAUGAGUAGCGCAGGACCCACUAUGACAGGUCACCAUGCUCAGAUGAACCCGCAGCACAUGAUCCCCACUAGGAACUUCCAGAUGCAUCAUCGCUUGCCGCCCGAUGACAUCCAGGACGAUUUUGACUGGGACUCCAUCGUCUAGCUCACCUGGCCUCUUUCUGCAAACACUAGCAAGCAAGGAGAGGAGGUGGCGGCGGCGGGAGGAAGCCGGGCUGAAGUGAAGGGCUGCCGGAGGAGGGGGCCGCUGAGGGAGAGUCGCCGGAGAACUCUUGACAAGUUUGGGAGGGAACGACUUCACAGUCGGGACAUUUUUACACCAGAAAAAUUUGAAACGAGUUACUUUGAAGACAAUCACAUUUAGCCGGACAUGUUAAAGUGUAGAUCACGUUCAAGCUCCUCAGUUCCUCUGCACACCCCGACCAGCAGCCCCUCCCCGACCCACCGCUCCGUAACCGUGAUGUGAUUUGAGCGACGUGUUCAGCUUGUGAUUCUUCUCGUGUUGACUUUGGCCUCAGCUGCCUCGUGGAUGAGUUUAUCUCUGUCUAACUUUUUGUUUUGUUAUUCAUAGAGAAACACAGGCCGUCUCUGUGAGUAAUGCGACGGUGCUCGCCGCUCACUUUUUGGAGAGCAGUCUGGCUGCACAGGUGGAGAUGUUGGGUUUACAUGAAGCCCAGGUCUGAACAGGGUGAAACUUUUUCAAGCAGGAUUCAUGAAAGAAUCGCGGGCAGCAAAUGCGGUGUGGUUCUGGCGGACGGAGUGAGAACAGCAGCGCUUUGUUCCCUUUUUGACCGUCUGUCUUCAAGCGUUCAUAAGUGGUUUUCACGAAUUCAAGCCAAAGUUUAGAAUGAUCAUUCUCUGUCAGCUUCUGUUUGAGUAUUUUCACCUGCUAGUCAACGCUGGAACGACAUGAUUUACAUUUCAGAAUUGCCUACAGCUGCUUAGAUUCAGCUGGGAUUCAAACGAUUGUCCUAUCGACCAUAAACUGCAGCCAUGUUGUCUCUGGUUCUGACGGUCUGAGGAGGGUACUGUGACCUCACUGCAGCAGGAGGGGAGUUGCUUUUGGUCACACAUGUACGUGGUAUAUUUCCAAUGCAGACCACCAAAGUGUUCAAAGUAUUGACCGUCGUGUGAGUAGUAUUUUCUGUAUAUUACUGCAGAACAAAUCCUAUUCUUAAAUUUUGGUUGACGUUCCCUAAUCCGAAAGCAAGUUCCUUUUGCCCUGAACGACCAGUCGCCCAUUCGUCAUCUACAUAUGCUUUGUUUCAAACGAAUGCGAUAUUCAACUUAUUUAAUUUGCAUGUUUUGAACCAUCAAAAUCCCCAUGAGAGUCAGAUAGUGGUGAGCAAGAUCUUUGCUACUGUUGUGUGUCCGAACUCCAACUCUGGUCUGUACAUGUUGAGUUCAUGGUCAAUAGGGUCGAUCUGAAUUCCAAAACGUUUUUAUCCGUCAUCCACUUGAAGUUUCAAACUCACCCCUGGUCACAAAAAUGAAAUGAUGGGAAAACACCUUCUCUUGAAGAGACCUGUUGUCCUGCAAUCCAACGGCUUGUACACAAUCUUACUGGGAUGAGAAAUGGGAUUCAUAAAGCGGUGUACGUGUGCGCGUCGGCGUUUGGGUUUUUAUUGUGGUUUUAGGGCUUUGAUUGAUGGCUGCAAUCAUCUCUGAGCACAAAAGCAGAUGCAGGCGCCGAUUGAAGACAAUCGUGCGUGAGGCUUUUUCCGAGGCGGUUUCACAAGCACAGAAGGUGACCCCCACUUUUGGAUUGUUUUUUGACCAGAUGAUUGAAUGAAUGAGAGGGAGUCUCUGUCACGUCCACUGUUUCCCUGUGUCAUCUGUUGGAUUUGCCCUCAGUCAAGAAUGAUGCAGGCUUAUCUCGGUGUUGUAACUUGGUUUAACGUUGGACUUGGUGUCAUAUGAUGCAGGUGAGAGUGAGGAUUUACUCGUGAGGUCUGGUUCAGAUAAGUUACACUUAAUAUUCACGAUAUUUACCAAAUUUAACCAGUGAAUCCAUUUCCCUUCAUCUCGUAUACUACUCAGAUUUCUUCCCAAAAAUUUCAUUUUGGAAAAAAAAGACUUGUUUGUGGUUGUGUGUCUGAUUUGCAGUAGUGCUGGGAGAAGUCAUGUUCCUAUCAGUUGGAAAAAAAAGUGCACCAAAAAUGGUUAAAACAUCUAGGGAAAUUGAUACAUUAAAAAAAAAAACUUGGAAAUAAUUCCUGCCUAAUUUCCUAAACUCUAAAAACUCUAUUGUGCUGAAUAUUAAAUUGUUCUGUGAAAUUGUUUUAUGAGCAAAAGCUUAUACGCGACCAAUUUUGAGAUUUUUUUUUUUUUUCAUUUAAAAAAUUAGUAUUAAAUGAAUUCAUUAAAAGUAUGUUCAUCUCAAUUCAUGGUUUAUUAACAGUAGAUUAAUCUGCAGUUCUCAGUCUGGACAUUGAAAUUUUGGAUUCACUGUUAUUAUAUACCAGUGCUUUGUUUUCUCUUUUGAAUUGGCCUGAAACUCCAAAAAAGUGAACAAGAAAGUCGCAGCUUUAAUUCAGUUUCCCUGCUGCGAGGCCUUGACUGAGGCCUUGCAUCUUAAAUGUGUGAUGGAAAACAUUUCCAUCAAUAUUAAGUUAAUAUUAAUAUUAUUCAGGCGGGAAAAUUGGUGACCAUGACAUCACGAUAAACCUCCGCUGAAGUUAAUGGGUUGUGAAACUCGAGGCCUGUGGGCCAUAUGUGGGUCAAUCAUCGCAUAGUAGUCCGCAAAAAAAAAAGUUUUUAAAAAGCAGUUUAAGCCACUAGUUGACCAAACAUUUAAGCAGUGUGUCCUGCUUGUUUUUAACCGGUGUCUUUGUUGAGCUAGUUUCAGGUCACAGCACACACUGAUCUCAUCUGUCACUCAGCCACAAAUCAAGCCACUAAACAAAAUAAAUGCCAUGUUUGUGACUCCGUGACUGGGUGCCUUGUAUUUCAGUCAGAAGAUUUCAAACGGUAACUGGCCUUGUAGCAUGACGGCAGUUUGACUUAAAUGUAUUUCUGUGGAUCGUUCCGUGUUAGUUAUCAACAGAAGAACUAGUGGAGGGCACAUGUGACCAUCCAGUGCAGUGAGUUUUACAUUGUAGCCACUUUAAAUUUGACUAAAAAGGAAAGUUUAAAGUUACUUUGAUAAUCAAAACGCAGCCUUGAAAUAUUCACUUGUUGACUUUUUCAAUCUUACUUGGCCUUAAUACUGACUUGAUGUUGAGUUUAAAUUUGCCUCUUUGGGAGAAGAAUUUAGGAUUGAAUCAAGUGAAUUCAAGCUGCAACCCACAUUAUUGUCAUAUCAUCAUCAUGCGAAUCUGCAUCGUGGUUGGUUGCUGAAAUUCCAUGGAGUUUGUGUGUAUGUGUGUGUGUUUGCCAAAGGACUGCAAAUGGAGUUAGUUUUGCAGACGUUGCCUGGAGUGUGUUCGGGUGCUUCCCGGUGAAGAUGGAGAACACACCUUUUGAGAUCAGGUUGGAGACGCUGCUGCAGUAGAAAGGCGACGACUGCAUCACGGUCAUGAGUGUGUUUUGAACGCCGCCGGACAUGAACCUGCCAGAGAGAUUACAUUCAACACAGGACUGGGAAAAAGAAAAAGGGUUCAAAUGGGAAAAGCUCUGUGACAAUUUUGGGAGAAACUGCCAACAAGUACUGCUGAUCGGGGCCUGGUCUAUUCAGUGCUGGUGUGUCGUGCUUGUACAUAAACGUCUUUUUCAAUCGUCCCUCUUUCCUCUCGGGGGCGGGGUGGACAGAGAAGAGGGAGAAGAGUAUUUUGUUAUCGUCCAAUCAGAGGGUGACAGUAUGUAAAUAUCUAUAUUGUAUAUAUGUGAUGAAAAUGGCUUUUUGUGUGACACUACCUUUGACCUGUACUAUGGUUCUACAUUCAGUGUUUCAGUGUUGAUAAUAUAUAUUUGCUUUGUGUUGAAUUUUUAUUUCGUCUCUCGUCAUUUCCUGUCUUUUUUUUUUCCCCUUCUCCGACUUGUCCCUUUCCGUUUUGUUUCUUUCUGUUUAUUGCACGGUUUAUUACUUUGGUCGUCCCUCGAGGUGACUCAGCUACUCUUUGUAUUCGUUUAGUGCUGUAAAAUAACUCAAGUGUUAUCAGACUUGUCCAUACCAGCUCCCACCCC